AUGUCACAUCGGGGCGGCGAGCACUGGCAGCAGAUGCGGAGACAGAAAGAAGUAAAUUUCUAUGGACCUUCUCACCCCACAGACAGCACCCCAGCAGCAGCAGCAGCAGCAACAGCAGCAGCAGCAGCAAGGGCUGGGCUUGCCCCUUCAGGUCUGUUGCGAUGCAUGCAGCAGCAGCAGAGUCUACGCCUGCCCCAGCUGUCUCCGCUGCAGCAGCCUAGCAGUCCCCGGGAGACAGCUCAGCUUCCCUUACCACCAGCGCAGCAGCAGCAACUGCAGCACCAACUGCACCAGCAACUGCAGCAGCAGCAGCAGCAGCAGCAGCAGGAGCUUUUAUCCUGGCCAGUUGAGGGGCGGUGCCUCUCUUUUUUGGGGUUAUCUAGCUUAGAGAAGAAGGAGACAGCUGCAGAGACACCUGGUGCUGCUAUCUCCUUGCAGCAACUACACGCCCGCAGCAAGCCGCGGAUGUACACCCCUGCAGCAACAACAGCAGCAGCAGCAACAGCAGCAACAGCAGUGAAAGCAGCCAGCAAUACUGCUUGGCCUGAGGCUUCUUCCUGCGAGCUCAGGUGCCUGUACACCCCAGAGGUGUCUCCUUCUCCUUCGAGGUGUCUCUCUUUGUCUCUUCCUCUGGUGUCUCCUCCGAAGCAAACCCCAGCCAAUGAAGCACAAGCCCCCGCAGCAGCAGCAGCACCCGCUGCUGCAGCAGCAGCAACAGCAGCAGCAACGCCACCCCUACCGCCUACAGCAACCAUCGCAGCAGAAACAGCAGCAGCAGCAGCAGCAGCAGAAGAUAGACAGAACUCAGAGAGGCAGCUUCUGCUGCGGGCCCCUUCUCUGACGGAAGCAAAACCAGCGUCCUCUUCUGCUUCGGGUGCAGCAGCAUUCAGCAGCCCCAGCAGCAGCAGCUGCAACAGCAACAGCAACAGCAGUAGCAGCAGCAGCAGCAGCAGCAACGAUCCGGUGUGUGCUAGUUCCGAUAGCCUGCUGCUGAGACUGGUGCCGUCUCGGUUGCUGACGUCUUUAUGCUGCAGGCUGCUGCCUUUGAAAUCUCUGGUGUCUCUUAGCUGCUGCUGCAGAGCUUUGCUGCAGCUGUCUAUACACCACAGAUGGGUAGACAAGGCAGUACAGAGAGGAGCCCUUCAAGACCUCGCUGAUGAGUGCUGCUGCUGCUGCUGCAUGCGAAACAGAGCAGCAGCAAACGCUCAAACAGAAACCCCCAGCAGCAACUCCGCUUGGACUUUCCACAGCCCCUAUAGCAGCAGCAGCAGCAGCGGCGGCAGCAGCAGCAGCAGCAGCGACGAAAGCGACAGCAACAGUAGCAGCGACGAACGCAGCAGCAGCAGCAGCAGCAAUAGCAGCAGCAGCAGCAGCAGCAGGCGCUGCUGCUGCUGCAGUGGAAAGAAGGUUCGAGGGGGGAGCGUUGGGGUGCUGCCUUCAUUGUGUGGGGACAUUUUCAGCUUUGCUUCUCGUCGAGGGCAGCAGAAGCUGUACGAUGUGCUGCAUGCAUUAGCUGCAGCAGAUCCAAGGACAGGUUACUGCCAAGAACGAAUCAGUUUGUCUCCAUCAUACAGUAAGACACAAGAAGCAGCAGCAUUUCCUGCCGCUGCAGCAGUAGCAGCAGCAAAUGCAAAUGCUGCGGCGAUAGAAAGUGUUGCAGCAGCAGGAAAUGGUGUAGCAGCAGCAAAUGGUGUAACAGCAGCAAAUGCUGUAGCAGCAGCAAAUGCUGCAGCAGCAGCAAGUGCAACAGCAGCAACAAGCGCAGCAACAGAGGCCAGUGCAGCAGCGAGUGCAGCUGCAGCGGCUACACUGUCUACAGAAGCAGCAGCAGCAUCUGUACAAGCAGCAUUAGCGGCAAGGGUAGCGGCAGCAGCUGCAGCAGCAAACAUGCCAGAGGGCGAGCCUCUGCUAAGUCCUGAGUAG